AUGGACAAACUGCAGUGGACACCUCUUUUCACCAAUUUCGCUGACUAUGUGGAUGUCACUUCUCAGCUUCAACUUGCAAUCGCUUGUAUUGCCUUCAAUCCCAUUUUCUGGAACGUUGUAGCCCGUCUCGAGCACAAGACCCAUUUUUUGACAAAAGCUACGGGCAAUGCUUAUAGAGGAUGUUAUUUACUAGCUUUCACAAUCUUCUCGUUAGGUAUUUUCCGUGAUCAUGUCUAUAACAAAGCUCUUUUGGAACAGCCAACCUACCAGCCACUUGUGGACAGCACCUUAGUCAAGGGAUUGGCAAUUGGCACGUUUGCAUUUGGCAAUGUGCUUGUGUUGCUGUCCAUGUGGGCUCUCGGGGUGACAGGAACCUACUUGGGUGACUAUUUUGGCAUCUUAAUGGACGAAAGAGUCACGUCGUUUCCAUUCAACAUCAACGACAACCCUAUGUACAAUGGCUCCACGUUGUGCUUCUUGGGUACCGCUUUGUGGUACGGUAAGCCCACAGGUUUGCUCGUGACAGCCUUCGUCUUUGUCAUGUACAAGAUCGCUUUGCUCUUUGAAGAGCCCUACACUGCGGCUAUCUACGCCAAGAGAGCCGAAAAGAAGGAUUAA